AUGGCUGCUAUAUUAUUAUAUGGACUUUUAGGUUUGAUUGGAGCUUUCUUUGUUUACUGGUUUGUUUUCAGGUCGGAUGGUACUGAAGAAGCCGAAGAAGAAGUUUUGGAAAACAAGGAAUAUGUCGAUGAUGGAAGGCCCAAAAUGCUUAUUCUCUACGGCUCUCAAACAGGUACAGCUGAAGAAUUCUCUAAUACAUUAGCACAAGAUGCUAAAAAGUAUGGCUUCAAUGCCAUCUCAAAAGACAUGGUUGACUUUUCGCCAGAAGAAUUGUCCCAAGAAAAACUUGUUGUUUUAUUGGUCGCAACUUAUGGUGAAGGUGAACCAACUGAUAAUGCACGUGACUUUUAUGAAUACUAUAAGGACACAACUCUUGCGAAUGACUCUCUUUCUGGUGUCAAAUUUUCUGUUUUCGGAUUGGGUAACAAACAAUACAAGAUUUAUCAAGCAAUGGCCAGAUUCUUCGAUAAACGAUUUGAAGAAUUAGGAGGCGAAAGAUUCUAUGAAAAGGGUGAAGGAGAUGCUGAUGCAGAUAUCGAAGAAGAUUUUGAAGAAUGGAAGACACACAUGUUGUUGACAGCUUCGGAAAUUUUCUCAACCACAAUUCAAGAAGAAGAGGACGAUUAUGAGAAGAAGUUCACUCUAGAUUAUUUGAAGAAGCCAAUUACCAUGACACCAUUCAAGACAACUACUCAUUCUCCAGACGCUAAACAUCCAUUCCUUUCAACAAUCACAAGAAACGAACAAUUGUUAAAGGCAUCGGGAACAGAUAACAGAAGUACAGUUCAUGUAGAUUUCAACAUCAAGGGAAGCGGUAUCAAAUAUGAAGCAGGUGACCAUCUUGCUGUUUAUCCAGCUAAUAAUGAAGCUCUCGUCAAUGCAUAUCUCAAGAAAUUAGGUGUUAGUGACGAACAGGCUGAUACUCCAUUCCAAUUGAGAAAUCACAAGGAUAAUAGAUUGGCAAGCUACUUCCCAAAGGAUGCCAUGACCAUCAGAAUUGCUUUGACCUAUUACCUCGAGCUCAGUGAUCUCGCAAAGAAGAAGGCAUUCAAGGUAAUGGCACAUUUUGCAACUGAUGAAAGCGAACGUGCCAAGCUCAAAUUGCUUGCUUCGAACAGUGAAGAAGGAAAGCUCGAAUAUCACAAAUUUGUGAAGGAGGAAAGCCGUAUCACAUUGGACGUUUUGAACUAUUUCAAAUCUGUUGUCUUGCCAAUUGAAGCAUUCUUAGAAAUUGUGCCAAAGAUGCAAGUUCGUUAUUACUCCAUUGCUUCCUCUUCACAAUUGCAUCCUGAAGCUAUUUCUGCAGUUGUUGCUGUUGUGAGAUACAAGAUUCCAAACGGUACUCAAAGAGAAGGUGUUUGCUCAUCAUAUCUUGAAAGAAUGGCUGUUGGCAAACAAGCUUACAUUUACGUACGUCAAUCCAAUUUCCAUCUUCCUUCUGAUCCAAAAACUCCAGUCAUUAUGGUUGGUCCUGGAACUGGUAUUGCUCCAUUCGUUGGUUUCCUUGAACAACGAAGAGCCAUGUUGAAUAAGGGUGUUGCAUUAGGAACUUGUCACCUCUAUUUUGGUUGCAGAAAGAAGGCAGAGGAUUACAUUUAUCAAAAUGAAAUGGAGAGUGCCGCCAGAGAUGGAGUGAUUUCCCUUCUUGAUAUUGCCUUUUCCAGAGAUCAAGGCAGUAAGGUCUAUGUUCAACACAAACUGGAGGCAAGAAGUGAAGAAUUGUUUAAUCUCUUGAACAAUGGAGCUUAUUUCUAUAUUUGUGGUGAUGCCAAGUAUAUGGCCAAGGACGUGGAAAAGGUCAUCUUGAACAGUAUUCAAAAGUAUGGCAAAAUGGACGAAAAGGCAGCCAUGGAUUACCUCGAAAAACUAGGCGUAAGAUAUCAAAAAGACGUUUGGAGUGCUUAA